CAUGAUCAAGUAGCUAAGCUAAGUGAUGAGCGGAUCACAACUCCCAAAAAACGAAAAGCACCUCCACCUCCUAUUAGCCCACUGCAGAGUUCUGGACCCUCGUCUCCUUCUGUUCUUACACCUUCCAGCACUCCUGCGUCCUACAAAGGGGACACUCCCAGGAGGUUCAUCUACAAGGAAGAUGACUUCAUAGGAGCAGCGCUGAAAGAAGAGGUGGAGAAGCUCCAUGAGGAAAGAAACAUGUUGCUGGAGACGAUCGAAGACUUGAAGCAGACGGUGGAGAUUGUGACUGGUCCUGAGCUGGAGGUUAAGGUCGAGCAAACGGCGUCUGCAGCUCUGGUUUCUGCUCUACAGUCCAAGAUUAAUGCUCUUACUUUAGAAAACCAGGAACUGGCAAACAAGCUCAAGAAACAUCCGACCCAACAAGGAAAUGAGCUGAACGAGACCAGUCGACCAAACAGCGUGGCCUCCAACGCCUCCUUCCACUCCACUCAGGAUGACUUUGAGGCAGCGCCACAAGCACCCCCUUCGACCACAGCGGAAGGAGGAGACCAUCCAGGAGCCAUUUCUGCUCAGCUGCAGGAGGAGCAGAGCGAAGGAGGGAGCCACGAGGAGAUCGGGCUGUUGAAACAAGCGCUGGAGAGCGUUCAGGUGAAACUGCUGGAAACCAGGAAGGAAAACCGGUUGCUUCAGGCUCAGCUGAAACCCGAGCGAGGCAGAGAAAGAGACGAGGAUGGCAGUGAAAGAGAGAAGAGGAGGGAGGAAGAGCUGAUGGAAAGUUUAGCGGAGCUGCAGGCGAAGCUGACAGACACCCAGGAGAGAUACCAUCAGGCUCUGGAGGAGGCAGAGGAUCUGAAAGCGCGGGCGGGCCGAGGAGAGGGUGAACCGACGGAGAAACAGGACGUCCAGAAACGGUUGUUUUCAGCACUUGAACAGGAAGUGAAACAGCAGAAGGUUCAGCUGGAGCAGCUGAAGUCGGAGAGAGAUGARGCAGCUCAGCGAGUCAGACAGCUGGAUGAGAUGCUGAAGAGGACGGAGGAGGAGAGACAGAUGGAGCAGCAGAGAGAGCAGAAGGUGGCACAGCUUGAAGAAAUGUACAUGGAGGCUCAAGAGGAGAUCAGGAUUCUCCAGGAGGCUCUGAAGGGCACGGUGCCAGUCGAAGCUGCAGCCAAAGACUUUGAAGAGAUGAAGGCCGAGUUAAAUGGGGUCAUAGCCGGGCAGCAGCAGCGUUUGUUGGAGCUGUCACACUCCUACAGCGAAACCAAGAGUCAGCUGAGCGCCACUCAGAACCAGCUCGCAGAGGCCAAAGCUGAGAGCAGCGCCGAUUCACCGUCGCCGUCUUCAGAGAAACGAGYCGCGGCGCUGAAGAGCAGGGUGGAGGAGCUGCAGGCCUCGCUCGCUGAGACCGACUGCAAGCUCCUGGCUGCCCAGGAGGACGUGAAACGGCUGAAGCAGGAGGCAGACAUUCAAACGCAGAGCUCCGUGACCCUCACCGACCACACGCAGGUCGUGUCCUCUCUGGGAAACGCCAUCAAGGAGCUGGAAAGUGAGUUGGAUGCUGUGAGACAGCAGCUGCACCAGAAGACWAUGCAAGUUGAAGCUCUGCAGCAAAGCCUCACGUCCGAGAAAGAUGUUACCCCAGAUGACUCGGUCUCUCAUCUGGAGCAUGAGAACAUGCGGGAACAGCUGGAGCACGAGGUGAAGCAUCUGACGCAGCUCCUUCAGGGCGCUCUGAGGAAGGAGGACGAGAUGGCUCUGGAGGCAGCAGACGCCUGGCAAAAGGCACGAGAUAAUCGCGCGGAGCGGGAAGCCCUGCAGGAGCUGCUGGUGACGAGGGAGAAGGAGAACCAGAUGCUGACCUCCAAACUGGCCGAGUCCCAGGAUGCCGUGUGUCAGCUCAAACAGCUGGUGGAGAAUCACGUUGCCUCAGAGAGAGAGAAAAACAAGAGGAUAGAYGACUUGUCUCGGGAAGUUGGAAAACUAAAGGACGCCUUAAACAGCCUAUCACAGCUCUCCUACAGCUCCUGUUCCCCCUCAAAGAGACAGCAGCAGAACCAGCAGCUGGAGACUCUGCAGCAGCAAAUCAAACAGCUUCAGUACCAACUAGCUGAAUCAGAGAAGCAGCACCAAGAGACGGUGUCGGUGUACAGGAUGCACCUUCUCUAUGCUGUUCAGGGUCAGAUGGAUGAGGAUGUCCAGAAAGCCUUGAAGCAAAUUCUGAAGAUGUGCAAGGUGCCAAGUCCAGCCAAGGAGGCCUGCUGAUGGUUCCACACCUGUAGAGACUGAGGACUGACAGACACCUGGUCCCUGUGGUUACACCUGGACUUGUUUUGAUGGAGUUUACAGUCAUGUAAUCGUUGCCUUUAAAAAGGUCAUUUUGAACCUUUUACAGUCUUCUGCCACAUUUACAUUAUUGUUUUCUGUGUCUGGAUAAGUAGACGCUGACAGAGGUUUGAAAGCAAACAAAAAGAAUCAACCAGGCUGUUGUGGAGCUGAUUCAGGUUUUAUUGGAUUUAAAAAUCAGCUAGCUCGCGGCACAGCCUUUUAAAGCUAUGCUUGUUGACAAAUUAUCUACUUUAAAGUGAAAAUUUAGAUCUUUUGAAAUGGAAUUCUAUGAUAAAGUUGUGAAUUAAUAAUAUCUUACCCGUUGUAGAURGCUUUUUAACUUUGACCAGAUGAAUCAGCUAAAGGCUAAAGUAGUUUGUGCUCUUAAAACAACUCGUAAGUCUCAAAGAUGUUGAACUGGUUCAUGCAAACUAUUUUAUAAWCCCUUAAAUUGCCGUUGGUUUUGCAUUACAUCAUUUAUAUAGAAAUAUCUGCUGAUUUGCAACGUCAAAUAUGAACAGCUGCAGCCAGCUGUAGCACUUAUGCAGGAAUAGCUGAAUACUUCUGUUGUAAUAACCRUGUAAUAAGAAUUGGACAGCGGUGUAAAAGUGGAUUAAUAUUUGCAUGAAAGCUGCAAUGAAAUAAUUUAGACUGGAGUUUGUUUGAAGAAACAGAAAUCCACUUGGUUUUUGGCUCAGCUCAGACUAGCCGUUAGCUCAUCAGUCCGGUCAAAAGGAAUCUGUUUCUCCAAAAGGAGUUUCUUCCCAGAAACAUCUACAACAGGUAAGAUAAUGACUGUUCGUAACCAUUCUGCAGACCUCCACUUCAAACUAUCUAAAAAUCACUUUAGCUGGGUGAGUUUUCAGUUUAUGGAAGUUAUGCUUUUUUUUAUUUAGAUUGAAUUUCAUUCUUCCUGCUCAAGCAAGCCUUAUAAAAACCACAAUUACCAAAUGAAAUAUCAGCUCAGAACUAAACAGCAACAACAAAAAAAUAAAUAAAUAAAAAUAAACCUUGAAGCUGCAAGACUGCUCUUAACCAAGGUAAUUCCUAAAAAUAAGCAAUAUUCUCCUGACUCAUUAGUGAGACACGUCUGAAUCAAAUCAUUGUCACAAUCAAAGCAACAGGAGGACACUUCAGUUGGAGGAUAAACAUAAAGAUGUUUGAAUCAUAAACCUGUUGAAACCAGAUGUAAUUAGAGUCAGGAACAUUUCAUCAGUGUAAAAAACAACAGCCAAAMAAAUGCAGUAACGAGGUCUUUCUUUUGUUCAUUACCAGCCAAACGUGUAAUCUAACUUUGUCUAUAAUAAUAAUAAUAAUAAUCCACACAUGGAGUGUCAUGUUGAAUACAGUCUGUUGUUUAAGUUUGUUUACUGUCAAACAAACAUGCUGGAUUUGUGCACUAGUCAAUUUAAAAGCAGCGAGUUUGUUCCUCUGUCAUUUUGUGCAGUUAAUAUUGUAUUAAACAGCAGUGUUAGCAUUAAUCUAAAUGUGUCGUGGCUGUUGGGUUUUGUGGCCCUCUGAACAACGCACGUGACUUUGCUGCCCAAACGUCCCACAGAAAUGCUUUCCUGCAGCACUUCUUUUUGUAAUAAUGUGUUUUCUAAGUUACUGUAAUGUAAUGAAGAGGUUCAGUGGUUGUGUUUUACGUGAAUGAGAAGCCUUGUGUGUGACGAGCACGGUUAUUUUUUCUAAGUGACACCUAAAUUAGUUUGUUGUUCACGUGAGACUGUUUAAUGGUUUAAAUGGUUAAAAGCGUUUCUGUUUCUGUUGUGACAAAAAGCCUAACUAUGAGUAUUUGUGUCUCUUUUUCUUGUUCUGUUUCUUCCAGCAGUUUGGACUUUUGUUUACAAAGUUUCUACUUGAAAACCAUAUUGGCUGAAAUAUGAUUCCCCCGUCACAAGCCUCAGGCUUCCAUUAACCAUCUCAUUAAUUUAUUGCACACAUAUAAAAGUAUUUUUGUUUGGAACACUCAUCUCUCACCUGUAGGAACAGACGCACACUGUACAUGUUUCUUAGAUUCAGUUUUUAGGUUCGUUUCUUUGUGUCUUCUGAKGGUCUCUGCUCUCCUUUGCCUUAGCACUGAUCUUAGAGCCAUACCAUUUCUACUGAAAAGCUUUUUGACUGUUCGGCGCACAUUCAACACUAAACCUGUGGGACUCGCUGGGGACCAGAGUGGGUGAGUCACUCAGGAAACAGGACUGAGUCUUUGCAGGCCUUAUAUCUUAGGUUGUGCUAAAUGUUCUGAUUCUUGACUGAAAUGUUUUGUACCAAGUAAGGGAAAACCAAGCAACAGCCAUUCUCCUCGUURUUUCUUUACUAACAGUUUUGUAGUGACAAGAAAGGAAAAAAAAAAGUUUGCCAACUGUAUUUUGCCAACUUUAUUAAAUUUUUAAGAUACCAUA